AUGCAUCAGGCAACAACAUCAGCACAGAUAGCACACUGGUUCACCGUAGGGGCACAGUUUGCGAACAUCAGAAUCACAGAUGAAGUAAAAAAGGAGAGCGAGGCCGACGGUAGUGGUUCUGCGGACAGAUGUUAUGUAAACGGUGGAUAUAACGCUGCAUUUGGAGAUCGUUUGAAACUGAUAUAUGGAGCCGUCUCGGCGCUAAAAGAUGCCAGACAUGAACCGCAUGCGUUGGUCUCUCUGAUUGAGAAUAACUCCGUCAUCAUUAUCCGUGGAGCAACAGGCAGUGGGAAAACCACCCAGCUGCCACAGUUCAUCCUGGAUCAUUAUGCAGAGAGAAACAUGCCGUGUAACCUGGUGGUUACUCAGCCACGCAAAAUUGGCGCCACCAGCAUUGCCCGCUGGGUCGCACGUGAACGCAAAUGCACCCUGGGGAGCUUGGUGGGAUAUCAGGUGGGUUUGCAAAAAAUGGCCACAGAACACACCAAAUUGAUUUAUGUGACCACAGGAGUCUUACUGCAGAAGUUAGUGGGGUCCAAAACUCUCACAGAGUACUCGCACAUCUUCAUUGAUGAGGUCCAUGAGAGAACAGAAGAACUAGAUUUUCUGUUGCUGGUUGUCAGAAAACUGCUUCACUCCAAUUCCAGAUAUGUCAAGGUCAUUCUCAUGUCUGCCACCAUAAACUGUGCUGAGUUUGCUGAGUAUUUUGGAACUCCGAUCCGCAAUCAGAUGAAUCCAGCGUAUGUGUUUGAGGUGGAAGGAGCCCCGUACACCGUUGAAGAGUUUUACUUGGAUGACCUCAAAACCAUCCUGCCUGCUGGAGUCAAUGUGCACGUAAGAGUCCAAGAUGACCCUUAUAUUCCUGAGGAGAUGUAUAAUGUUGCUGUCUCCCUCAUCCAGAACUUUGAUGAGAUGGAGGGUAAAGAUCAAAGACGCUCAGAGAAGGCUGGAUGUGCUUCUCAGCCGGAGAGAGGAAGCGUGCUUGUCUUUCUGCCUGGGCUUGCUGAAAUUCAGUAUAUGCAGGAGGCCCUGGGAAAACUUGUACGCAAGAGGUUGCAGGUGUAUCCUCUCCACUCCACAGUCACUUUAGAGGAGCAAAACGGGGUGUUUUUGGUUCCUGUACCGGGGUACAGAAAGAUUAUUCUCUCCACAAACAUCGCAGAGAGUUCGGUCACUGUGCCUGAUGUUAAAUAUGUGAUUGACUUCUGCCUUGUACGUCAGUUGAUUUGUGAUAAGGAAACCAAUUACAGAUGUCUCUGUAUCACCUGGGCAUCAAAGACAAGUUGCAAUCAGCGUCGAGGUCGUGCCGGACGGGUAUCUAAAGGGUUUUGCUACAGGCUGGUGACCAGGCGCUUCUGGGAGAACGAGAUUCCGGAUUAUUCAAUCCCAGAGAUGAUGCGGUCACCGUUGGCCAAUACCUUACUGAAGGUGAAGUUGUUAGAUAUGGGCGACCCCCGUUCCGUUCUCUCCACAGCCCUUACACCACCCAACCUCAGUGACAUUGAAAGGACCGUCCUGGAACUUAAACAGAUCGGUGCUCUGUCUGUAGAAAGCAACAGUCACAGGCAGUUCGAUGGAAAUUUGACAUUUUUGGGUCGUGUGUUGGCACACCUUCCCGUGGACUUGCAGUUGGGGAAACUGAUCGUUCUUGGCCACGUGUUCGGCUGUCUGGAGGAGUGUCUUAUCAUCGCUGCGUCACUUUCUCUGAAGAGUUUCUUUGCUAUGCCAUCCCUGCAGCACCUGGCCGGAUACAGGAGUAAGCUGGCUUUUGCACAGAACGUUCCGAGUGACUUCAUCGCUUUCGUCAAUGCCUUUAAGGCUUGGUAUACAUCUCGAGCUAAUGGAGAACUCAGACACCCAAAGGACGAACUCGAAUGGGGCAAAGAGAACUGCAUUCAGAUCAAACAGAUCAGAGAAGUUGCAGAGCUCUUUGAGGAUCUGAAGAAUAGAGUGUCCAGAUUCAACAUGAACAUCAGCAGGACCUCAAACCCAACAGACUACACCAGUCUUCACAAACAAAGAUUCUUCCUGCAGGUGGUUAUCGCAGGUGCAUUCUUCCCAAACUAUUUCUCUCAGGGAAAGAUUGAUGAGCAGAUGGCAUCAAAAGAACUUUCUGGAAAUGACCCCAAAACCACCAUCAUGAUUAGGAAUUUGCCUCCAUUUGCGUUCCUGUCUUACAAGCAGCUACAGUCUCUGUUCCGUCAGUGCGGACAAGUCAAAUCCAUCUGUUUUGAAGGGUCCAGAGCGUAUGUAGAGUUUAAUCGCUUGUAUGUGAGGGAGUCGGGUGUGCUUCCUGAGGUGCUGUUGGCAUUGCUGCGGGCGCGACAGACUCCGGCUUUGCAACUGCAGGUGCACCACGCAGAUGAGGUGGAGUUCCACGCUAAAGGAAAGCCUAUGUCACACCUACGUCACGCCAGGAUUAAUGUGGAUGUUCAGAGUCAUGUUGUAUAUCCUGUUGGGGUUCUGAGCAGCUCAGUAGAUCCGGAGAAACUUCCAUCCAUCAGGGAGUUUGUCAUAAACAUCACAGAGGUGAUCGAUGUGGGCCAUUUUUGGGGCUUUCAAACAGACGAGAGCAGUGUGGAGAAACAGUGUCAGUUGACAGCAGCGUUGAACAUGAGAGAUCUGAGACCCAUGUCCGUCUCCCUGUACCAAAACCUGCUGUGUGUGGCCCCUUUCACAGACACACAGCAACCAGCUAGAUACUACAGAGCCAAAAUACUGCACAUCCUGGGCAGCAACGUAGAGGUGUUCUUUGUUGAUUUUGGAAACACGUUUAAAGUGCCAUGCAGCAGUCUGAAAGAGCUCCCAUCUGACCUCACAACCCCACCAUUUCAAGCACAGGAGUUUUGCAUUGCAGGCAUGGGUCCGUCUGCGCAGUCGCUGAUUCUAGGCGAUUGCUGGAGCAGUCGAGCACGGAACCGCUUUAAGACGCUCACAAGCGGCCACUCCGCCAUCGUGUCCCUUUACUCCAUCCUGCACGGCAUCAUGCGUGUAGACCUGCACAUUUCCCCCGAGACGGGGGACGUCAGCGUGGCUGACCUGCUGGUGCAGGAAGGACAUGCCUGCCACGUACCAGAAAGCUUUGAGAGUCAGCAGUCACAUGAGGUUCUGAUUUCUCUGUAUCAGGAUAUGGCCAGUGGUAGAUUUACUCCCAGUUCUACUAGUGCUUCCGUGAACAGCAGGAGAGAGGAAGACAAACUUCUCAUCAAUGAGCUUCUUCAGCACUUCUCUUCAUCUAGUAGCAGCACCCCCAAGUGCAAGUCAGUGGUUCAUGGUCCCAGCAGCCCACAUAAGGUCAGCUUCCACAGCAUGACCAAAGUCGGGCAGUUCAGGACUGUUUUCAUUGAGAAGGACAGUAUAAACUCUGUAAUGGUGAAUGAAAACCCCCAAGACUGGCAUGAGAGGAUGCUGGUGUCUGCAUCAGUGUCUCUCGCUGCCUCAGGUUCACGCAUCUUGUUGAAGGAAACAACUCUGAUGCCUCAUAUCCAUGGCCUUCCAGCUCUUAUUACUAUGCUCUUCACUCCAGUCAUGGAACUACGGACUGAUGAGGAAAGGACUUAUUUUACUGGCACUCUGUGUGGACUGGGCUGGAACUCUGUCACUCAACAGGCAGUGCUUCCAGAACAUGACAUUGAGCUUGCCUUUGACGUCAAGUUCGGUAUUGAAGACAUCAUAGAGAUAAAUGCAUUGAGAGGUACAGUGAACAGGCUGGUGUGUGAGGGACCGACUGGCCUUCUGCACUUGAGCCACGACAAGAUCAGCAGACUUCAGGAGGAGGCACGCGAACAACUCGUCAGACUCUUUACUAAAAACCCUCCCAGACCAGAGUGCACACCCGUGUACUUCGACAAACCCAAGAAAUGGAACUUGGUGGACCGCUCCCAGCAGAUGGAGCUACAGGAGAAGGAUGAUGGGAAAUCCAAAGGUCUUCUGUUUCGGCUGCAUCCCAUCAUGCUACUGAACAUGUGAGGAGCAUGGGGCAGCACUAAAACCGUCAGCUGAUGGUAGAAGAUGCUUUUGUGUUAGACCUGUAUUCGGACAGCAUUCCAGAGGAGGUCAUUUUGUUGGGUUUUGGCAGAAUUCUUAGUGAGGAGGCCUGAGUGUUAUUUCUGUAGCAUUAGUUAUGUUUAUGCAUGCGAGAGAGAAGUUUAACGGCAUUGUAUCAAAAUGUUCGCCUGCACUUUCUUUUCAGCAAUUUAUAUUUGAAGGAAAUAAUUUUAUGUUAAGUUUUAAGACAACAUGUUUUAAGUUUGUCAAUCCCAGUUGUCUGCUGACUGUUCUGUUCUUUGCAUCCUUGCUGUAUAGGUAUGCAGUAA